AUGUCCGGCCAUCCUCCACACGUUUACUACGGCGCUGACCAUCGCUCUCAGCGCCAACCAGCCAGCCGAAAUCCAUACCGCGCAUCUACUGGCAACGCCGCUGGACUUUAUGGCGCAUACGGCGGCGGCGCUGGUGCGGGAGCAUCUGCUGCUCCAGUUCCGUCCCACUAUCGUGAUACUUCUGAUGACUGGUCAUCAACGUACUACGGCGACGAUUCCUUUACCGACGACAGUGUCUCCGAGGACUUCCAGCGCAUUUCUCUCGCUGAUUCCCGGCGUCAUCAUGGCGGGGGACAUCACCAACCUCCCCAUCCGCAGCAGCAGCAGCAACAACAACAACAACAACAACAUCAUCAUCAACAACAACAACAACAACAACAACACCCGCAGGCACGGUACAACUCAUACGCUGCAAAUGUAGCAGCAGGCAGAAGCGGCGGCGGGGCACCACCACCUUCCCAUCGUGGACAUGCACACAGCCAACGAGCACCUUCUCCAACUGAUAGUUCAUAUUCUCAAACAACAGCUUCCGCAUCUACAUACGCCUCCCACCGUCAACAUGUUCAAAGUGCCACCACCUUCCAUGCUAAUCAUCGUGGCCCGUCAAAAUCUUUGGAUAGGCUGUCACACUAUCUUCCCCGAGGGUACAGACUAGCUGGUCCCUAUGGAGGAGGAGGUGGCGAUGAGGAAAAUAUGGAUCCAAGGUUCCCAGAGGAUGAUCGUUCCCGUGGUGUCAUGGUCCCGGCUCGCUCCGUGCCGCGUACAAAGUCUCUUCGUCAUGCAUCACCACCGGAUACAAGUGAGCGUGGGCGUGAAGAUUUCAUGGAGAGACGUGAGCAUCAGCGUGAGCGUCGAGGACCGGAGUACUAUUCUCACUCGGAGAAGGCAGCAGCGUACAAACGCUCCAUGUCGCAAGAUCGUACGGCGCAGGAACGUAUUGCUGCACAGGAACGUAUUGCUGCGCAGGAACGUCUUGCUGCUCAAGAGCGUUUUGCCGCACAGGAACGUCUUGCCGCACAGGAACAAGAACGAAUCGCACAGCAAAAGAGGAUAGCACAUGAACGUAUGAUGCAGGAAAGAAUGGCACGGGAAAGAAUGGCACAAGAGGCACCACGGCAAGGACGUCGUGAGUCUAGGGCCCCACCUGGUGAACUCAUCCGCCGAUCCUCAUCCAUCGGAAGGUUUGAGUCGUUGAGCCAGGCAGACAAGACGGAUACUCCAAUACCACCGGUCGGUGCUUUGGUUCGGCGCUCGAAAUCCGUUGGGCCGCGUGAAGCUUACAGACGCCGGCGCUCGAUGGGCCCGGUUGCUCGUAUUGAGCGCAAUCUUGACGACCCUACAAGCACAGCUCUUAGACUGGACCUUGGUGGUGGUCAGGAUGUUGAUAUCUCUGUUAAUAAUCGAGAUAGAAGGCGAGGGCCAACCAUUGGGUCCAUCACUAUCAACCAACAUAGAUCUCAUAAGAGUAGGGAGAGAGAAAGAGAGAGAGAGAGAGAAAGAGGGAGAGGUCGUGAUGGAGAUAGCGGGGAGCGAAUGCUAGGAGCACCUUCGGAAAGCGCACGAACGAGGACCACAGCAAUGACCGAGAAGGAAAGGGAGUAUGAAGAAAAGAUGAGGCGGUUCCGUGCCGAUAUCUCUUCAUCGCCUCCAACUUCGCCAGAGAUGGAUGAGUUCCCCAAAAUGGGAAAAUUCGGUAUGGGACAAAGACCUAGGAGUGCGAGUGUUGGGACUGCGCUUCCCAGAUCACGAGCGAAGAUUCCAUUGCAAAUCACCGCACCUCCUACAGCCAGUGCUGCGGCCUUGGUGCCACAGACACCUGGAGGUGGUGAGCCACGACACACACGGAUUUCGAGGAAGAUUGUGACGAGACAGGCACUCGAGGAACUCGGGUACCGGUACGAGGAUACCGGUGAUACUUUUACCGUAUAUGAAAUCCUACAGCCUCCUCAGAUUGAUGAGUUGAUGGAUAUGACAGCGAGGAUUCGAGGUAGUUACUCUUACUCAUCGUUUAGCGACGACGAUAAUACUAACGUAGUUGGAAUUAUAGCUGCAAGACAUGACCGUCGUCGUGCCCGUUCGCGUGGCGAAAGACAGUUCGCGGAGUUUGGGCUCGAUGAAUACGGUUCUAGGAAAGGCCCACAGAAGCCAUUAAGGCCGGUGAUCAACCAAGAGGAAAAACCAUUCCAGUUCCGGGAGCCACCAUCCGCUGGGCCACAAAUGCCUGGUGCUUGGCCACAGGGACCGCCGGAGAGGAGGAACAAUAUCCCCAUGCCGGAUCAUACGAGAUUCCAGCGGCCCGGUCCAGGUAACCUCGGUGGCCCGCCGCAGCCACAACCGCAGCCACAACCGACGCAGCAGGCGGCGGGGUCGAGGUUCGGAAGGAGGGAAGGAACUGCAUACUAUAGAUGA